GCAGUCGAGUUCCCAACCACUUUGCUUAAUGCUGGAUACAGGAGCUGACCUGUUAAUACACAUUGACAACAGGAAAACAUCGAUUCGAGUGGAGCAAAAACAACACAGCCUUUUGAAAAGAGGACGACAACGUAUAACUUUAAGAUACUUUAUCUGACACACUUGGUUUCAGACAAAACAAAACAAAACAAAACAAAAAAAUAUUUCCGUUUUCUGUGAAUUUUUUGUACUGUAACUUCUUGAGAAGUGAAGAAAGGUCGACAUUGGACCAAAAAUAACUGUUUGCAAGUUAUGGUCUUAAGAGUACUGUACAUCACUGUGUUUACUGGUCGAAAGGAAAAAAUUGGUAAUGAAGAACUUUUGCUGAAGUAAGUGAACACAGCACUUUAUUAAUUCUGUAACCUACACAUUUAACGUUUAUAUAUAUAUAUGUGUGUGUGUGUGUGUGUAGGUGAUAAACGCAACCACUUUAAUGACAAGUGCCAACAUUAACAACACAGGUUUCAGUGAACUGGUUUGAUUUUACGUUUACUGGAAGUCAGAAAAGCCCUGAGGGAAAGUGAAAACAGUUCCGGAAGACUCUGUACCUUGUCCAGUGAAAGUGCCUUGUUGUACUCUGAAAUGUCUAAACCGAUGGAUCACGUCAAGCGCCCCAUGAAUGCUUUCAUGGUGUGGUCGAGAGCUCAGCGCCGAAAAAUGGCUCAGGAAAAUCCUAAAAUGCACAACUCUGAAAUUAGUAAGAGGUUGGGAGCCGAAUGGAAACUUCUGACAGAGACUGAGAAGAGACCAUUUAUUGACGAAGCUAAACGACUGCGGGCUAUGCAUAUGAAGGAACACCCCGAUUAUAAAUACAGACCUAGACGGAAACCUAAGACUUUAAUGAAAAAAGACAAGUUUGCCUUCCCGAUACCCUACAGCCUGGGCGAUCACGAGGGGUUAAAGGCGAGCGGCUUACACGGGGGCACCCUGGCGGACUCCUUACUUACGAACCCGGAUAAGGCAGCAGCGGCAGCGGCGGCAGCAGCAGCCCGAGUAUUCUUCAGCCCAGCAGCUGCCGCGAAUCCAUACUCAUUUUUCGACCUGGGUUCGAAGAUGACAGAGAUCUCUCCACACUCAUUUCCAUAUGGGUCCCCUCUGGGGUACCCUAGUGGAGGAACAUCUUUCUCCGGGGCAGGUGCUAUCGGUAGUGGGAGCCAUACUCACACACACUCGCAUCCUUCCCCAAGCAAUCCUGGCUACAUGAUCCCUUGUAACUGCAGCGGCUGGCCCUCCCCGGGUCUGCAACCACCUUUAGCUUACAUCUUACUACCUGGAAUGGGCAAACCCCAGCUAGAACCGUACCCUGCCUAUGCAGCUGCUUUAUGACAUCAUGGGGUGAAAAAAACUGUGUAAAUGUGUAAAUAUAUUUAGAAGGAACGUUUAUUAAAUGCAUGUACAAAUAUAUACAUGUGAUAUCGUUUAAUGUCACGUGUAUGUUGCGCGCAAAUUGAGAAUCUGACCCAAUCUAGAAUGGGUUUGCUGAAGAAUCUUUUCUAAAGCUAAACAAAAGUAAAUUAUAAUAUUGUACUGUAAUGAAUUUGUUUAUGACAAAAGUAUUAAAUAAUAUCCAAAAUAUUGUAGAAACACAACAAGCACUUGCCUAGAAAUUGUUU